AUACUCUAGACUCCAUAUUUAAGUGUAGUCCAGUCCUCCAUAGUCCAUCAAUAUUAAAUAAAUCCCAUCUCUCUCUUCAAGUGAACAACAUAAUGUUAGACUCCAUCUCCAAGCUCCUUGCAAAUAUAAAUUUCCCUGAAUUAAAGAUGGCGUGGCUACAGCCAAUGUCGCGCUGCUUGUGGGAGGACGCCAGCAUCAUUGUCUUACUGGGAUUCCUCGGAAUCUUACUGCUGGACUCACUCCUAUGCAAAUGCAGAGAGGAGGUUAUGACAGUCGAGAAGUAUGCUGUUGGCACAAAAGAUGGCAUUUCCUACAUAUUUAGCAUUCUCUGCACGACCAUAUCAUUUAUCACUCAUGUCAUAAUGCUCUUGAUGCUGCAAAAGAGGAAUGGUGCUCACUGCCAAUUUGAGUUUCCAGCUCUUUCAUCUGAGAUUCUGCAAAUGACAUCAUGGGCAGCUUCAUUUCUUGUGCUCUACAGAACUCAAUAUAGGAAAUACAUAAAGUUUCCUUGGGUCCUCAGAAUCUGGUGGAUUUCCAGCUUCUUUCUGUCCCUUGCUCGUGCGACUCUUGAUGCCCAUUUUGUCAUCACAAGCGACGAACAUCUAGGACUUGCAGACUACGUUGAUAUCCUUGGUCUUAUUGCAUCAGCCUGUCUUCUGGUCAUCUCUAUUAGAGGGAAAACAGGCAUAAUUUUUGACAUCUCAGACAGCACAACUGAACCACUUCUAAAUGGAAAGAGGGAACAGCAUUCCGAAGCCAAAAGGGACAGCCCAUAUGGAAAAGCUAGUCUUCUCCAACUGAUCACCUUCUCUUGGCUCAAUCCACUAUUUGAAGUUGGAGUCAAGAAGCCCAUUGACCAGGAUGAAGUCCCAGAUGUUGACUUCAGAGACUCUGCAAAAUUUCUAUCUGAUUCCUUUGACGAAAGCCUCAAGUAUGUAAAGGAAAGGGAUGGAACCACAAACCCAUCUAUCUAUAAGGCCAUUUACGUAUUUGGAAGGAAGAAAGCAGCUAUCAAUGCCCUCUUUGCUGUUAUUAGUGCAGGAUCAUCUUAUGUUGGUCCAUACCUUAUUGACGACUUUGUUAACUUCCUCAAUGAAAAGAAAUUCCGUGGGUUACGAAGUGGAUAUCUUCUAGCACUAACUUUUCUCGGCGCAAAAAUGGUUGAGACAAUUGCACAAAGGCAGUGGAUAUUUGGAGCUCGGCAGCUAGGCCUUCGGCUCAGGGGUGCUCUGAUAUCUCACAUUUACCAAAAGGGCCUACUUUUAUCAAGUAAAUCACGCCAAAGCUACACCAGCGGAGAGAUAAUCAAUUACAUGAGCGUAGAUGUCCAAAGGAUUACAGAUUUUAUAUGGUACCUCAACACAAUAUGGAUGUUACCGAUCCAGAUAUCAUUGGCAAUCUAUAUUUUACACAUGAAUCUAGGGAUGGGGGCACUUGUGGCAUUAGGGGCAACUCUGAUAGUGAUGACUGGAAACAUACCCCUGAUAAGAACCCAAAAGGGGUAUCAAACUAAGAUAAUGGAGUCCAAAGAUGAAAGAAUGAAAUCCACCUCGGAGAUUCUGCGGAAUAUGAAGACUAUCAAACUUCAGGCAUGGGAUAGUUAUUAUCUACAGAAGCUGGAAAUCUUGAGAAAAGUGGAGCAUAAUUGGUUAUGGAAGUCACUCAGAUUGUCAGCUCUAAGUGCUUUUAUCUUUUGGGGAUCACCUACAUUUAUUUCUGUGGCAACCUUUUCUGGAUGUGUUAUGAUGGGCAUUCCACUGACUGCAGGGAGGGUCUUAUCUGCAUUGGCUACAUUUCGGAUGCUUCAAGAUCCUAUAUUCAAUUUGCCAGAUUUACUCUCUGUAAUAGCUCAAGGAAAAGUUUCUGCUGAUAGAAUUGCUUCCUACCUGCAGGAAGAUGAGAUUCAACACGAUGCAGUUGAAUUUGUUCCCAAAGUUGAAACGCAAUUUGGGGUUGAGAUAAGGAGUGGAACAUUUAGCUGGGACACAGAAUUAAAUAUCCUGACCCUUGUCGGAAUAGAAUUACAAGCUAAGAGGGGAAUGAAGGUGGCAAUUUGUGGCACUGUUGGAUCAGGGAAGUCAAGCUUGCUCUCUUGUGUUUUAGGAGAAAUGCCAAAACUGUCAGGAAUCGUCAAGAUCAGCGGUGAAGUAGCAUAUGUUCCUCAGUCUCCUUGGAUACUUACAGGAAAUAUCAAGGAGAAUGUUCUAUUUGGAAAACCUUAUGAGAGUGUCAAGUAUGACACAACAGUUGAAGCAUGCGCUCUGAAAAAAGAUUUUGAACUAUUCCCUGCUGGUGAUCUUACAGAAAUAGGAGAAAGAGGGAUAAAUAUGAGUGGAGGUCAGAAGCAGAGAAUACAAAUUGCUCGUGCGGUUUAUCAAGAUGCUGAUAUAUAUCUUCUCGAUGACCCUUUCAGUGCUGUCGAUGCUCACACAGGAACGCACCUCUUUCAGGAGUGCUUGAUGAGGGUUCUCAAGGACAAGACGAUACUUUAUGUUACACACCAAGUUGAGUUUCUUCCUGCAGCAGAUCUCAUUCUGGUGAUGCAAAAUGGAAGAAUUGCACAAGCUGGUACUUUUGAAGAACUAUUGAAACAAAAUAUUGGAUUUGAACUUCUAGUUGGAGCACACAACCAGGCUUUAGAAUCAAUUUUAACAGUUGAAAGCUCAAGUCGAGUAUCUGAACAUGCAGUUACUGAUGGUGAGCUUGAUACAGAUAGUAAUGUAAAUGCAGAAUUUCCACACACUAAGCAGGAUUCAGAACACAAUCUCUGCAUAGAGAUAACAGAGAAGGAUGGCAGACUUGUGCAGGAUGAGGAGAGAGAAAAAGGAAGCAUUGGAAAGGAAGUUUACAUUUCUUACUUGACCAUUGUAAAAGGUGGUGCCUUUAUUCCAAUAAUUCUUCUAGCACAAUCAUCAUUUCAAGUGCUUCAGAUAGCCAGCAACUACUGGAUGGCAUGGUCAUGUCCCACAGGUGAUGCAGCACCAAUAGAAGAGAAUAUGAACUUCACACUUUUUGUUUAUGUUCUUCUCGCUGUUGGAAGCUCUCUUUGUGUCCUAGUCCGGUCAUCAUUUGUGGCUAUAACUGGCCUUCGAACAGCAGAAAAGCUCUUUAGCAACAUGCUGCACAGCAUCCUUUGUGCACCUAUGUCAUUCUUCGACUCUACUCCUACUGGAAGAAUCUUAAAUCGCGCAUCGACAGACCAAAGUGUUCUAGACUUGGAAAUGGCAAACAGGUUGGGUUGGUGUGCUUUCUCCAUCAUUCAGCUUCUUGGGACAAUUGCAGUCAUGUCGCAGGCCGCAUGGGAAGUAUUUGUCAUCUUUAUUCCAGUAACAGCAGUCUGCAUUUGGUACCAGCAAUACUACAUACCAACUGCAAGGGAGCUUGCUCGAUUAUCUGGAGUUCAAAGAGCUCCGAUCCUCCAUCACUUUGCAGAAUCACUCACAGGAGCAGCAACAAUUCGUGCUUUCAACCAAAAAGAUCGCUUUGCACAUGCAAACCUUUGUCUCAUAGAUGGUCAUUCAAGGCCAUGGUUUCACAAUGUGUCCGCAAUGGAAUGGCUUUCUUUUAGACUGAACCAGCUAGCUAAUUUUGUUUUCACCUUCUCCCUUGUUCUGCUAGUCACACUCCCGGAAGGAAUCAUUAAUCCAAGCAUUGCAGGAUUAGCAGUAACAUAUGGGAUCAAUUUGAAUGUUUUACAAGCUUCAGUUAUAUGGAAUAUAUGCAAUGCUGAAAACAAAAUGAUAUCAGUUGAAAGGAUUCUCCAGUACUCGAACCUUGCCAGUGAAGCACCUCUUGUGAUUGAAAAUAGCACACCAUCAAGCACUUGGCCAGAAACUGGUACAAUUUCCUUCCAAAAUUUGCAGAUACGUUAUGCUGAACACCUCCCUUCUGUUUUGAAAAACAUAACAUGCACAUUGCCAGGAAGUAAGAAAGUCGGUGUUGUGGGCAGAACAGGAAGUGGUAAAUCAACCCUCAUUCAGGCCCUUUUCCGGAUUGUAGAACCCCAAGAAGGAAGCAUUAUCAUCGAUGAUGUAGAUAUUUGCAAGAUCGGUCUUCAUGAUUUGAGGUCAAGGCUUAGUAUUAUUCCUCAGGAUCCAACAAUGUUCGAGGGAACAGUGAGAGGAAACCUAGAUCCACUAGCACAACACUCUGAUACUGAAAUCUGGGAGGCUCUGGACAAAUGCCAACUCGGUGAUAUAAUACGUGCAAAGCCAGAAAAACUAGAGUCUACAGUGGUUGAAAAUGGAGAAAACUGGAGUGUUGGUCAAAGGCAACUUUUCUGUCUUGGAAGAGCCUUGCUAAAGAAAAGCAGCAUUCUCGUUCUGGAUGAAGCAACGGCAUCAGUUGAUGCUGCAACUGAUGCAGUGUUACAAAAGAUUAUCAGUCAAGAAUUCAUAAAUCGAACAGUUGUCACAAUAGCUCACAGAAUCCACACAGUCAUUGAUAGUGAUCUUGUCUUAGUCUUAAAUGAAGGAAGAAUAGCUGAAUAUGACACACCAGCAAAGCUAUUGGAAAGAGAGGAUUCUUUCUUCUCCAAAUUGAUAAAGGAGUAUUCGAUGAGAUCCAAAAGUUUAACAGCUUAGCUAUAUUACAGACUUGAUCUUGAUUCCUACAUUCUGCAAGAGGAAGAAGUAGAAGAAAGAAAUGAUAUUGGAAAGCUAAAACUUUUAUAAAAGCUGAAAAAAGUCUAUAAACUUGACCAUGUUUUCGCUGCAUUUUUAUCACUAAGUCAUAGGAAAUUGAAAAUUUUGUAAGCUUAGUUCAGUAUAGUGAAGAAACUGAACACAAAAUGAAGAAUACCCUCCCCCCCCCCCCCCCCUCCCAAGCAUUAAAACUAUUUGUAGACCAUGAAUCUCUUUCAAUUUCAAAAUAACCAAUAAUUAUGUGUAUUCAAAGUUGCAGUAUGAGAGAGGUUAUGUUGAUGAUGCACAUGAAAUCUUCCAAUUCCCAUGUGUAACUGUCAGCCGAAAAGUAUAAGUUCAAUAAACUGGCAAUUGUCUGAUAUUUAUGUCUUCUCAACUCAAAAUAAACAGUUAACACCCUCAACAAACUAGCAUACCAGAAAAAGAAACAUGCUAGAAGCAAUUAUUAAGUUUCAUUGUCCCAAGAGGGUGAUUAAGACUUGAGGCAUACUUGGAGAUUCCAUAUCCAAAUCCCAACUAGGAAUUAAUCUAUUCUAGUUUUGAUGGACAUGUGUUAGGAUAAGCAUAGUUUUGAUGAUUGAAGAAAUGCAUGGAAUAAAAGUAAUCACAGCUGGUUCAUGAGAAACUAUUUCAAAUGACUUCUACCUAAACUAGGACUGCGCAGAUAAAGUCAAGCAUGAGUAAAUCAAGGAAAACAAUUACUUCAAAUAUACACUGAGUGAAAUAAUUCGUGGUGGGGACUGAAGAGUUUGUGUUUGAUUAUGACUCUUGAAGAAGAAGAAGAGUUCGGAUGAAAAGAGGAGUCUCAAUGUCAAGAGGAAUCUCAAGUAAAAUACAACUCUGUGAAGAGGUUGUAUGAAGCAUAAACUCAUUGAACUGAACAGUGUGUGCACUUAACAGAGCAAAGGCAAUUGACAAAUUGACUUUGAAGUGCUGUUCGUAUAUUGAAUAAACUGAUCAAGGAGCAAGGUUCUAUUAUAGUGUUAGGCUAAAAGUUUAGCAUUCAUGUAAUAGGAGGUUUCCUUGAGUCGUAUUGUUGAUGUAAUUGUUUGUGUGUUGUUUGGAAUUAGAGCUUAUAAUUCCUUAGUUCACAUAAGUUUGUAAUCUUUUGUUGAAAGGCUCAUUGUGGUUUAGUGAAGUUAGGAGAAAAAUCUGUAGAGGUACAGGUCACGAUGUUUACACCUUUUGUGAUCCAGGUUUUUCCACAUUAAAACAGUGUGUUCUUUA